AUGGCCUGCUACGACGCCUGCCGCUCCUGGGGACCCACCCCGCUGGCCAACAGCUGCAACGAGCCCUGUUCCCUGCAGUGCCAGGACUCCCGUGUCCUCAUCCAGCCUCCCGCCGUGCUGGUCACCCUGCCAGGACCCAUCCUCACCUCCCACCCCCAAAGCACCGCCGUUGGAUCCUCCUCAUCGGCUGCCGUGGGCAACGAACUCGGUGCCCAGGGAGUUGCCAUCAACUCCGGCGCUUUUGGCUACGGCUUCGGAGGCCUGGGCUGCUUUGGCGGCAGAAGGGGUGGCUACAUCUGCUAA